GGCAGGGUGGGGGCUCUCUCGGAAAAAGCACGUUUAAAUCCUCACAACGAACAUGACGAGGACGACCGUGACCAAGAUUGUCAUCCUUGCGGUCUUCAUCUUCAUCAUGUGCCUUCCAGAAUUUUGGACUUCGGACGGAGAGUCCAAAAUCAAGCUGCUGUGCUUGCCGUGCGACCGGAGGAGAGACAACACCUCGGCGGACGCCGCAGUGACGAGCGAGAGGUCGCCCGAGACGGACGCGACUUGCGUCACGUGCGAAAGACUCGACAACGGGCCGCAGCUGGAGAGCGACAACCGAUCGGCUUCGCCAGCAAACGUUGACGUGGAGAUGUCGGUGCACCUUCGAGUGGGAGACGUUGCUUUCCUGAAGUUGGCCUUCUCCGGACAGCGAAGCGGCCGCCGGCUGCACCUUCGCCCGCCCGAGGACGGCGCUCCGUCACGGUGCCGGCCGGCGGAGUCCGGGUCGCGGCGGCCCGAUCGCCUCGUCUGUCUGCUGAGGCUUUGGAACGGCACCGUUUGGAGAGGAAAUCAGAAGCGUCGGCGGACGCAAGAAGACGAGUGGGGCGCCGUGUUCCGGAUCCUCUGGCUGGUCCUCUCCUGCGCCGUCUUGCUGACUUUGUCUUCGGCUUGCUUCCGACAAAUGAAGCGGAACCGACGCUGCUGCGGUGUUUGCCGUCUGCCCGAGAAAGUGCACCCUCUCGGUUAUGUCAAAGAUGGAGGAAAAGACGCCGAGAUCAAGACACUCAAAGGGGGAAACGUUCGGCGUUGCGAGCCUCGGCCGAGGUGGGCCGGACUGGCGUCCAUUGAGGAGAUGCAAGUGGCCGAGCACGUACAAAGCGGACCGGACGGACACGUGGACCACUCGCACCCGACUGCUCAUCUUCAUCACCGUCCAAGCGUGACGUUCCCUCACGGAGGAGCUGAGCUGCCGGUUGUCCCAACGCAGCUUUAAAUCGACACCAGAACCGUCGUCGGCGUCCGUCCGCCACUCGAAGACCAAAUCAAAAUUUUCAAUGCAGAAUAAAAUGUCUGAAGCGUCUUCGUUUCGCAAACUUUACAUCCACAAAUGGCCGCACGUGUAUUAGUUUGCAA